CUGUAGUUGGCUAGCCUUACUCUGUUUACGGUUAAUGACCGACAUCCUGGAUGCCGAAGUGUCCAAUCGGCUUGAUGAAGUUCUGGACAAGUUCGAUGUAUCGGCACCGACGCUGGUUGAGGUGAAAGAUGAUUUUUUGCGUGAAAUGAGAGCUGGUUGGGAAGUCGGUAAGGGAUUGGGAGCUCCCUCUAGCGCCUCUAGCAUCAAGAUGUUGAACACGCACAUAGACGUUCUCCCACGUGGAUAUGAGAAGGGUGUUUUCUAUGCUCUCGAUCUGGGUGGGACGUACCUUAGGGUGCUCCGAGUGGUGCUCGGCCAUGGAGAGAAGCCGGAAGUGACGGAACAUCGCAAGGCUAUACCGAAGGACGUUAUGAGUAGCACCUCUGAUGAUUUGUUCGACUUCAUAGCGCUCACAGCGAAGGAGAUGACGGACAAGUUUGAGGAUGAAGGUGUGAUUCCUGCUGGCUUUACCUUUUCCUUCCCUAUGAGCCAGGAGACUAUCAACCGCGGCACUUUGGUUGAGUGGACGAAAGGCUUCUCGACAGCAGGAGUGGUUGGAGAGGACCCGGCAGCACUACUAACGAGAGCGAUGGAGAAACGGGGCGUCCCUAUUAGCGUGGCGGCGCUGUGUAACGAUACCGUCGGUACAUUGAUGACUUGCGCUUAUCAGUUCGAGGGUUGCGGCACGUGUAAGAUUGGUAUGAUCAUUGGUACCGGUACCAAUGCUGCUUACUCUGACCCUACUCUUGGUAACUUGAUCGUCAACACUGAAUGGGGUGGAUACAACUUCAGGAACGUUCAGAAGGUCCUCAAUGAAUAUGAUCGAGCUGUUGAUGAGGCGUCGCCAAAUCCUGGCAAACAGCUGUAUGAGAAGACGAUUUCCGGCAUGUAUCUCGGUGAGCUUACUCGGCUGGCGUGUCUGGAUGUUCUUGAGGGCUACGCAGCGAACAAGCAGUUACCCGAUUUUCUCACUAAAGGGCCUCUUGAUGCCAAAUUCGUAUGUGCUGCCCUAGAGGAUGACGGCUUGAACUGCGACGAUCAGGUUGUACGUGUUGUUUUCCGCACCAUUGGUGAUGCUGUGGUAGAAAGAAGUGCUAAUCUCUGCGCUGCUGGUCUGGCAGCUGUCGCUGAGAAAUGCGGCAUUGGGCGGGAAAAUAAAAGACAUAUGCGAGAGGUCUGCGUGGACCACGGGAUGCCUCGGUGUUUGACAAUAGGAGUCGACGGCUCUCUCUAUCUCAAGGGGUAUCAGUAUCCAGAUCGCCUCUCUAUGGCAUUCAGUAAGAUCGUUGGAGAUGUCAUGGCAUCUCUCAUUCAUACAGUACAUAGUAGUGAUGGUUCGGGCGUUGGAGCGGCUCUGAUGGCUGCUGCUGUGUCUCAGUGAUUGCUACCUGCAGCAUCGCCCAGCACUUUGUAUUAUAACGCGUUAACCUUUAUUCAGAGGCCUCGUU